AGUCUAAAGAGGAGGGUCUGUCGUGCGUGAACUUUGGAGCAGCCACGUGUACAGGAAAUAGAACCAAUCUGACAGUUGUGGUUGGUCGGUUAAUUUUGCUCGUACGACGACGCAUUCUUGUCAUUGUUAGCUAGGUAGGUGGGCUAUCUCUUCCAUUUGCUGGCAUUUAUUUCCGAGCUACGUUCCAAAUUUGUGGCGUUGGAGCUCAAAAUCAGGUGUGUUAAUAAUCAGCCCUUGAGCAAGCAAGGACAUUGCACUUGGAAGAAGCCAUGGCUAUGUACUGCAGGACGGCUUGGUGCAGGCACCUUAUGGCUGUGUCCAUGGCCCUGUUCUGCCUGCUCCACAACACCAUGGACGUCCAUGCCCGGCCAGCUAACAUGUCAGCCCUGAAGGACAAAAACAACCCCACAAGUAAAGAGGAGAAUGAGAUCCUUCCCCCUGACCAUCUAAAUGGGGUGAAGCUGGAGAUGGAUGGUCACAUCAAUAAGGGCUUCCAUCAGGAGGUGUUCCUGGGUAAGGAGAUGGAGGAGUUUGAGGAGGACUCUGAGCCCAGGAGGAACAGGAAGAAGCUCAUUGAGAUCUUCAGCAAGGUGGACUUUAAUAAAGACAAGAGCGUCAGUGCCAAAGAGAUGCAGCGCUGGAUCAUGGAGAAGACAGAAGAACACUUCCAGGAGGCUGUGAGGGAGAACAAGAUGAGCUUCCAUGCUGUGGACCCAGAUGGAGAUGGACAUGUGACGUGGGAUGAAUACCGGGUGAAGUUUCUGGCCAGCAAAGGAUUCAAUGAGAAGGAAAUGGCUGACAAGAUAAAGAACAGUGAAGAACUGAAGGUGGACGAGGAGACCCAGGAGGUGCUGGAGAGUCUGAAGGACCGUUGGUUUCAGGCUGAUAACCCCCCAGCCGACCAGCUGCUGAAUGAGGAAGAGUUUCUCUCCUUCCUGCAUCCUGAGCACAGCAAAGGCAUGCUCAAAUACAUGGUCAAGGAGAUCGUUCGUGACCUCGACCAGGAUGGCGACAAGAAGCUGACUCUGUCUGAGUUCAUCUCCCUGCCCAUGGGCACCGUGGAGAACCAGCAGGCCCAGGACAUCGACGAUGACUGGGUACGAGAGAGGAAGAAGGAGUUUGAGGAGGUCAUCGACAGAAACCAUGAUGGCAUCGUGACCAUGGAGGAACUAGAGGAGUACAUGGACCCUAUGAACGAGUACAAUGCGCUGAACGAGGCUAAGCAGAUGAUCGCUGUGGCCGACGAGAACCAGAACCACAACUUGGAGCUGGAGGAGAUUCUCAAGUACAGCGAAUACUUCACUGGCAGCAAGCUCAUGGACUAUGCCCGGAAUGUUCACGAGGAGUUCUGAAGACAAGCUGACAAAAUCCUCCCUUUCCCUUCUAAUGUGGGCAUCCUCAUAAGUCUUCUCUAAGGACAGGUCUGUCUUAUUGAUGAAAAGAAAAGCCUGAUGUUCUAGUGUGCAAUUCUGUGUUUAAAUCCUAGCUCCAGCCGAGUGACCUGGCCUCCCCCAGUGACUCUUAAAGUAAGGCAUAAAACAUCCUUCAUUUCUGGACUGUCUGCCUCUUCUAAACAUCGGAAUGAACCAUUGCCAAAGUCUGCCUUCUGUCUACAGUGGGACUUAAGUUGCAUUAUCUCACGUAUGAUAAUGCAUUUUGGGUUUUCAGUGCAUUCUAGACACUGCGUCAACUUCAUGUUUCAUUUGUUUUUGAUAUUGUGAAAUUUAUGUCUGAGUAAUUGGAACAAGAUUAAUCUCCCCCCUCCAGUGAAGUAGUUGAGGUGUAAGGACAACUUACACAAUUGGGCCUACAAUAUUUGUAGUAGUGCAGAACCGUUCUGUUUUUACUGCAAAAUGAUUUAAAUUGCAUAACUAACGAAUGUAAAUAUCUUCAUUCUUUGGAUUUCCCAUCACAUUCUACAUUUCAUAAUGUUGCUCGGAAGUAACUGUUGUUUACCAAGUCAUCAAUCAUAUUGACCACUGAGCUGAACCCCAGUAACCACUGUACUCUCCACACUCAAUGACUAUGUGCUUGCUGCCCUUGUAAACAAUUGUUUGACAUUUGUCCAUUUGGUAAGAAGUUUACACUAUGUCCUGAUAGGUGUUGAUGAUUCUCUGAUCCAUCUUAUUCUUUGAAAUGAGUGCUUAUGUCAGAAUUAUGGUGUUUUAAACCUCUACUGCAAAAAUGUCUCAUUGUUUCCAUACAUUUGUUUGCCUUUGUCUAUAAUUCCAACUGGGGUUUUGCAUUUCCAAAAAUAUGUAAGCUCUGUUAAAUAUCUGAUACAAUCAUUACAAAUGAAUGAGCAAUUUGUUAGCAUGGGUCUGAUUGUUUUUGAUACACAUGUCAUAACUGAAAGUAAAGAAGAGGUGAGCUUGUAAUCAGGGUUGGAGAAAUAUUUUUUUAGUUUAGAAUGUUUUUGCAGGAUUUUGACAUGAGCCCUCUGGGUACCUUGCCCUUGUCAAUUGUCCAUAUCUUUGUUUGAGACUGGUGUAAGAAAUUAACUUAUUUAUUUAUUUGUUGUUAGUCUUUUGUUUUCUCUCAGCAGUUACAUCAAUGUAAAGAAAAAAUAUAUUUUUUCCCAGUGUUGUACUUUUAGUUUUUCAAUGCUUAUUUGUUUUUUCCAGUUUCUGCAAAUGUUGAACUUAAAUACCAGAUGGAUAUUAUUUGUCAUUGAGAAAUUCCUUAUUUCCUUGUGGAUCCUACCAAGUCAGCCAUGUUUGUACCCCUUGUCAUGCUUUGCCAAAGCUUUGUAAUAUACAGUACCAGGCAAAAGUUUAGACACACCACCUCAUUCCAGUGUUUUUUAAACUAUUUUCUACAAAACUGAAAUAACACAUGGAAUCAUGUAGUAACCAAAAAAGUGUUAAUCAAAUCAAAAUAGAUUUUAUAUUUGAGAUUCUUCAAAGUACAAAAAACAGCAAGCACUAUGUUGAAACUGGCUCUCAUGAGGACCGCCACUGGAAAGGAAGACCCAGAGUUAUCUGCUGCAGAGGAUGAGUUACCAGCCUCAGAAAUUGCAGCCCCAAAAAAUGCUUCAGACUAUAUGUAAUAGACACAACUCAACAUCUACUGUUCAGAGGAGACC